GGCGCACGCAUCCGUUUCGCAUGCCUGACUGUCGACUGCUACCAUCAACUGCUAACUGUUUCGACCGUGUGUUUUACGGGCGCAUCACGCAUUUUAGCCUUUUAGCAACUAACGUACGUUAGUACUGAAGUUUGAACGUAACCAUUCGAUGGACAACCAGUCACCAUGAAGUUCGCUGGUCUGCUGUUUUCCCGGCUAGGUGUUAAAAAUGUGCCUGGUGCCAGGCGUUUGGCAACGUUAUCGGAUGAACUUCGAUCAAGAUUUUCAGCUUUCAAGGGCGGCACCGUUCAGCUGACAAAGGAUGACCAUACGGGAAUCGCUGAAGUUUACUUCAGCAAUCCUACGAAGAGAAACUCGUUUUCCGGGCACAUGAUGCUACAGCUACACGAUGUUGUCACUGAGCUGCGGUCUUGGAAGGAAGGCAAAGGUCUCGUGUUUUAUGGUGGCGACGGCGUCUUCUGCUCCGGUGGUGACCUUGACAUGAUGAAGGCACUGAACACACCAGAGCUGGGCGCCCAGAUGGCAACCAUCAUGCAUUCAGCUCUAAUGGGUCUCCGGGAGCUGCCUCUCAUUAGUGUAGCCCUGAUCCAAGGCAGGGCCUUAGGCGGAGGAGCUGAGCUGACAACAGCCUGUGAUUUUCGCAUCAUAGUACCUGGGGCUGAAAUUCAGUUUGUUCAGGUGCGGAUGGGCCUUGUUCCAGGCUGGGGCGGGACCACAAGAUUGGUGAGGCUUCUGGGUGCUCACGAGGCACUCAAGCUGCUGUCGUCGGGCCGAAAAGUUGGCGCCGAGGAGGCUCUGGAACUCGGGCUUGUGGAUCACAUCCUUCAGAACUACGAGAGUCCUCUAGCUGAAGCCAGAAAGUGGCUUGGCCAGUACAUUGCUUGUGACACCCACGUCAUAAGGGUGUGCCGGGGGAACCCGGGUAGCUGCAGCGGCGACGGCAUGCCGCUCGUCAGCGAAGAAUUCCGUGUCAAAUUAAACUCUCUCAAGUCCAGCGGUAGAAUCGAACUCGUCGAGGACGUCAACGGCAUCGCACGUCUAAGCAUCAAUGAUCCGGCGAAGAGGAACUGCAUCUCCGGAGAGAUGAUGUUGGAGCUGGCCAACGCCGUCAGAACAUUGGAGCACUGGCCCCAUAUCAAAGCAGUUUUGCUCUACGGCGAAGGCCCGUUCUUUUGUUCAGGGGCUAACCUGGUGUCAAUGAAAGGCAUCCCCAGCCCCGACGAGGGACGCCAGAUGUCCGCUCUUAUGCAGGACACGUUGACAAGGUUCAGCAACCUACCGAUGAUCAGUGCCGUCCUCAUCGAGGGCCGCGCAAUUGGAGGCGGAGCAGAACUAACCACGGCAGCAGACUUCCGAAUCAUGGCCCCCGACUCCGAAGUUCAGUUUGUUCAUGUGCGCAUGGGGAUCACUUCUGCGUGGGGUGGCAUGAGCCGACUGACACAGAUUGUUGGUCCCACACUGACGUUGGACCUGUUUUCCUCGGGACGGCCACUGCGUCCCGACGAAGCAGUACGGACAGGCUUCGCAAGUCACAUCCUGAGCGGCCAACGGGACGCCAAGGAAGAGGCGCUAGAGUGGCUCAGAGAGCAGACCAAAGGUCCAGUAGAGAUCAUGCAAGCAGUCAAGCUUGGCAUGGUGGCCGCCCGAAGCCUGCCCCUCCAGGAGGCAUUGCAGCGUGAAAAUGAUCUGUUUGCCUCUGUGUGGGGCCGGGACGCUCACAGCGACGCCCUGAGGCAAAACGUCAAGCACUGAUCUUCGAUAUUGUUAGUGUUCCAAUAGUUUAACGUUGUUGCUUCGCUGUAAGGAUUUUAUUGUUCUGAUAGUUUAAUGUUGUUGCUUUGUUGUAAGGAUUUAUGAUGCUUCUAUGUAAGACUGCAUGAAGCCAGCUUUAGCGCGCAGUUGCACUGGCGACUGACGAAGGUCACACAGUCGACAGUGAUUAGCAACCAAGAGAAAACUGAUGGGAACCGAUCUUCAUGCGAGCAAGCACAUCCUGCCUGUUGUCACAUUGGAAUGCCUCGCAGUUAUUGUUGUUCACACCUGCUCGCGCAGUUAUCGCUGUCAAAUUACUGUCAGCAUGUUCCCAUGCUACACCUAUGCCACUGAUUGGUUCAGCAGCCUUGUGACUCCAGGCACGGAGCUGAAAAAUCAAGUGGCAAGCGUCUCACCUGUAGCAAUCGCUUUUUAAUCAAAACGCCUAUUUGUGACCAACUUGUUUGCAGGACCUCUGCGACUCGCCAAAGCGACCGAGUUGAAACCCAAAACACCCUAUUUUUUGCUUUGCUCUGCCUAAAUAGUUUACUGCUUGCGUUUGCAUUUAUGCACUUUAUAAUUCGUACUUUUGUGCACUUUAUUUAGAGUUAUGGGCAUCGAGAAAAGCUAAUUGCAUCUCGUUUCUUGCCACUCAAGGUGUUACCACGAGAUGCUCACCUGCAUGGCUUUGCCGUAGGUGUGCGAUUAUACUUAGUUUAAAAGUGGGCGUUCGCAAACCAUGAUACUGCUGCACGUGCAUCCUUUUUUGUGAGUCACUCGAGUACUGAUAGAAUCUCAUCUAGCGAUCUAGCAAUUGAUAACUGCAAGUUUCUCGCAUGCUUUAUUUUUUUGACAAUACACAACACUGAGAUUGCUUGCAGGUGCUCACAUGGCAUGUGUCGCUUUUGAUAUGGGCACAUUUCCUGGGGCCUUAUUCUCUAACGAUCCACUUCAUUUUGCAUUAUUCUGGUUCUUCAUUGUUUUAAAUUUGGAUCGGAGGCCAUUGCAUUUCCAUCUUGGCUGGAAUGGCACCCUCGAUUUGACGCAUGAUAAAAGUGGAGAGUGAAAUAGAAUAUUUUGAAAUACGCGCUUAGUUAUGUCAAAUAUAUUGAAAGCAGAAUAAGUUGUGUCAAGUUUAUUACAUUUUUAAAAAAGUUAUGCUAGUUCAUUCAAGUGCUCAACAAUAAAGCGCUUAUAAAUCUAUACAUACAUUACAAAGAAUUUCAUUCCUAUUUUUGUCAUUUUAAUAUUAUUAGCUCACUUUUUGUCGAAAUCAGUUGCCCAGAUGAACUAAAAUCUGCAAUUUAAAAAUGUUGGCCUUGAGGGCACAUUUCCUAAAAAGAUGUUAACCUCUAAAUUACCUCCUGAGGUAGCGAGUCACUGUUUACAAUUUGAAAAAGUAAAGGUGUCCAUUUUAUAAAUUGGUGUUAAGUCUCAAGAUUGUGCUUUGCCUCGAAAAGCGACUUUGACGCACCAAAAUGACUCACCAAUAGGCUCUUAGGUAAGUGUAAUAAGCAUAUAUAUCCCCUUUGAGGGUGAGGCAGGCAAAGCAUUGAAAUUAGCCAAAGUCACUUGAAUAAUUUUACCAGGCCAACUUUUACUGGCUACUUGUCACCCAAAUAAGUAAUUGUACCGAAACCAUCAGUGAUGAUUGCCAAUGUAUGCAAAUAGCCACUAUCAUUAUUAUAUAUUAUAUUGUUAUCCUGCAAUAUAUGCGAAUAGCCAAAAACCAAAAAAAGUGGUUUACUUGAUGUAUGUUUGUUGCAUUGACAAUGUUUAGGCAGUGUUUGUAGUUCCGUUGCCUAAUUUUGUAGGAAACAGAGCCGUUAAGUCACACAUCUGUAUGAGUAGGAUAGGUAGACAGCCUGUGCAUUUCAAAGAGCUGUAAUAGUUAGCAUUUGAUAGUUAGCAAAGACGUGUAAUAGUUAGCAUGCCCUGCAACUUGAUUGCUCAAGCACACGCACCCUUUGUGUCGGCGUCUUUGUAUUGGGGGGGGCGAAAAUCCGCUCACUGACCAUGAAAACAGGCAGAAGAGCCAAAGAAAGCUGCUUGCCUUAAAUCUCACUAACAAAGUUGCUAAGGCUUCACAAAAGGCAGCGUUGUUAAGAUGAAUAAAAACUCGCGACUGCCUCACUAAGUUACCAAAACUGCUAUAGAGGCUCUGUUGUCUCUAGCAUUGUUAGUGCGUAAGACUGUGGUAAAUUAAAAUGUAUUGUUUAGAUACUUAGUUUGUCAUGGCUCUGUAAUGGCAGCAGAGGAGCAGGGCAGCCAGCAUCUUAAGAUCAUCUUACCAUCUCCUGCAUUAUUUGUGCUGGUUGCAACGUGUGGAAAGUGUUAAGUUCUGCAAUAGAGCAUGGUGCUUUCACAUGCUGUUUGUCCUAAGCUCUGUGCAUUGAGUUGUCAUGUCUGAAAUGCUAGUGUAUAAGGCUAAAUGAAGUUUUAUGUAUCGCUCCAUUUCUUUACAGCUCAGUGCUUUGAUGCUGAUCUGAAGCGUUGAUGUUUGGCACCACAGGAAUGGCCUUUCUAAUUACUCUUGUCAGCACACAGUGCUUUUAAAGCCUGCCCACAGCAAAUUUUUUUUCUCUUUUGUAACCACAGCUGUCAUGAUCACUAAUGAUAAUGCCAUUUCAUUGCAAAGGAUUGAUUCCUGCACGCCGUUAUGCCCACUGGCUGUAGGGCCUUGAAGGGCCCCUCGCCAGGUCUGGUCAUUUUGAGCUGACAAUCGCACUGCAUACAAUGCGUGCUAACGAUUGUAUCUGGCAAGUGUUACACCCCUACGUGCCACAGAAAGAGCUUAAAUUUCCUUAUGAAGGCUCAUGUUCCUAAAUGUAUGGUGUGCAGAGCCACAUGAAAAGCCUUUCCGAGUGUGCCACUUCAGGACAUCUGAAGAGGUUUGUAGAUAACUGAGGCAGUCAAGCACGGGUAAAUCCAGUGCAGGAGCCCUUCUUCAACUAGGACUGACCCUGGACACACAAUGGACCUACUGACCUUAUUUUCAAAGCACAUAAAGUACUGUACUUUAGCAUAUAAUCCUGUCUCUCUGAGACUUGGCUGCGAUCAGAGCAUACUGCUUGCUGUGGGCUUUUUGGAGUUUUCUGCUGUUCUGCUGUUUGUCUAGGCUCGCCAUGGUGACUCAAUGGCUCUGCUGCCAUUGAUGUCAUUUGAAAGUUGCAUUGAUGAAGGUUUGAUGCCAAGCCACGGCAGUCGUGUUCUGACAGGGACCAGACGCAAGGACUCUUGCACGCUUUUUAGGUACACCCAGGCAAUCGAAAUUGAUCCAGAAGCCUGUUACUGUUACUUUGAAUUGUUGAACCCUAUUGAUUGAAUCUGUCGGUGAUGGCAUGGGUGAACCCAUAUGGCACAUUUUUGUUGUGAUGCGAAUGACAGUUAGUGUUAGUUUUACACACACAUGUGGCAGUUUGCAUUGUUUCUGUGUUAGGUUUACAUAGGUUCAAUGGAGGGUUACUUUUGCAUACUUUCAAUCGAGGGUCAUGCUUUCCUGUUUUUUUUUGUUUCUUUUAGUGAUGUAUGGAAUCUGCAGUUCUAUUAGCUCUCUCUGAGUGUGAUAUAUUGUAAACAGUUUUUCAAAUAUUUGGCGGUCAUCUUCGAUUGUGCACAUUGCAGGAUGGAGCAUGUGGCACAUAAACCGACUGCAGACGUUUGUUAUGCGUGGGUUAAUAGCUGGUGUUAUCGUGUCACGGUGAGAUAGAUUAUCUGUACAUAUACCGAAUGCGCAUGCAUCAGAAUUUAGUUGGCAUUCAUUUUGCACGGAGGUGUCAAGGCCAUUGCUUUGGUGUUCUUUAUAGCUACAUUAUAUUUAGCAUAUGUCAUAAAAUUUUAUUGCAAAAGAGGCCAUGAAACCUGUCGCAUUGGCUGUGUAAAUUAUUAUAUAGUGCAAUGUGUACUUGCCGGAAAAGGAAACAGUAAACUUGUCUAACUGGAUCAUUUCCCCGUUUCUUUUUCUUUCUUUUUUUAGGAGGGGGGGGGCAGUUAGAACUUGCAACUAAACCAGCAAGAUACAAACAGUUCAAUUUUUGGAUUUGAGCAAUAAUUUCAGUUUUUGCUGUCCUGUCAGUUAUUUUCACCAGGGAAGCUUAUCAUAAGCCUUAAAUAGUUCUUUUUUCCAUUCACUAGCAAUAGAGUUUAUUUGUGAUAUGAUUAAGCUUACCACUCAUAAAGUGCGAAGAUGGAAAAAAGAAGUGUUGAGGUACUUUCUCAGCAUUGCAAUUAUGUAAACACGUCAAAAGCUCGCAUUAUAUUCCUUACAAUAAAAUUGCAGUCCCUGGAUUGUGCCUGAAUAUACUGGCCAGGUUGGGCCGUGUGCCUCCAUCCAGGCACCAUUUAUUCACGUUGACACAGCUUCAUUAUAUAUAAUGAGGCCAAUCAGCUUUUGCACAUUUAGCAUGACAUUCUAGUCACAAAACAUGUGUUAAUUCUAUUUACUCUUUAAAGCUCCACUUGCAAUGUAUCUAAGCAUUAGCACUGAUAAGAAAACUUAGAAUGCUAAACUUUGCAUGACAAAACUGCAAAGAAAUGCAGUUUCUUGGAGCACCAGGUAGGUUAUAUUAUUUAAGCUCUGGGCAUUAGCUGCAGAUUGUGUGGGAUGCAGUUAUUAAGUCUGCUUCCUUAGUGCUCAGAUAUUCUCUUGCCCUUCGUACUGUUUAUCUAUGCAGCUUAAUUUGAAAAUUUUUCAUUUUUAAUGUGAAUCAAAGUGCUUAGUAAACCUUGAUCGUGUUCUAUAAUCAAGGAAUAUGCUGUCAGUUUGGAUUGGAUAUGAAACGAUUGGUGUUUAUACUAAAGCUCUACAUGUGAGAAUUUAGCUAGGUUCCUACUGCUCUUUUCAUGAGAUUGUGUUUUAUCUUUGUCUUCAUUUGCAGUAUCUUUUUUUAUAGAUUUUCAGAAUCAUUUAUUGUUAUGCUUGAUAUUUGGUCUGAGCACCACUAUGGAAAGAGGACAGCGCUGGAAAAAAGUGUAUGAUACAUACUCCUAAGUUGACAGGAUCAUGCUCAGAUGAGAUGUCUAAUUGUUGGGCACAUUUAGGAUGUAUGUGAUACGUGCUUGUCACUUGUGGAUUAAAAGUAGUCGAUCCUGCACAGCAGAUUAAGGGUGUGCAUGUAUAUAUAUAUAUAUACAUGCACACACACACACAGUUUGUCAUUUCAUAUUUUGAUGCAAUGUAUAUGCUGAUGUCCUGCGAAAGCCUCCAUGUGGAGGAUAGCACUAUGUAUGAAAUAAAUAAAGACAAAAUUAUAUAUGUGCGUGUGUGUGAGAGAGAGAGAGAGAGAGAGAAGUAAGCAAGUGCUGAAUUGUAUUUCAGCAUACCACGGCCUUUCUUAUGGAGCAAUAGAUCCAUAUCAUAUUUACGUGCUAAUAUGUUCAAACUUGCUUUAAAAAAAAAAGGAAUUGGGCCCACGACCUUUGUCA